GCUACAAAAAUAUUUUUCUUCUGCCGGCUAAUAUCAAUUGUUUUGUUUUUUGCAUUUCACUCCAAGUUAACUUAAUCGCGUUAUCAGCAACCGAAUUUUAUUUCUGACUUUUGGGCUUGGUUCUUACGAAUUAAGUUGUGUAAAGUUCAAUAUAUUUAAUAUUUUUUAUUAGUUUUUGGUUUUAAAAUGUUGCGAUAUUCAAUUCGUUCAGUUUUAAACAUUCAAAAGAGAUUCUUAGCUCUUCCAGCUCCACAAACGAAUCCUGAAGUUUUAUAUACUGGGAUCUUCAUUAACAACGAAUGGCACAAAACUGAAUCUGGUAAAACUUUCAAAUCAAUUGACCCCACAACUGAACAAACCAUUGCUGAGGUCCAAGAGUCUUCAAAAAAAGAUGUCGACAAGGCGGUUGCUGCUGCUAAAACAGCUUUCAAAUUGGGUUCACCUUGGAGGCGAAUGGAUGCCAGUGAACGUGGGAAUCUAUUGAAUAAGUUGGCGGAUCUUAUGGAACGUGAUCGCAUUUAUCUUGCUAGCCUUGAAACAUUGGACAAUGGAAAGCCUUAUGCGAUGUCAUACAAUGUUGAUAUUCCAAUGGCGAUAAAGAAUCUUCGUUACUAUGCUGGAUAUGCUGACAAGAAUCAUGGAAAAGUAAUUCCAAUGGACGGUGAGUUCUUUGUUUACACUCGUCAUGAACCUGUUGGAGUUUGUGCUCAAAUUAUUCCAUGGAACUUCCCUGUGUUGAUGAUGGCGUGGAAGUUGGGACCUGCUUUAGCUACUGGAAAUGUUAUCGUACUUAAGCCUGCUGAACAAACAUCUUUGACAGCUCUUUACAUUGCCCAACUGACAAGAGAAGCUGGUUUUCCCGAUGGUGUCAUUAACGUUCUUCCAGGCUUUGGUGAGACUGGAGCCCAACUUGUCCAUCAUCCCGAUGUGGAUAAAAUUGCUUUCACUGGUUCAACGGAAGUUGGCAAACUUAUUCAAGUUGGUUCGGCUGGUACCUUAAAGCGAACAACUCUUGAACUUGGUGGGAAGUCGCCAAACAUCAUUUUGUCAGAUGCUGACAUGGCACAUGCUGUUGAAACAUCUCACUUUGGUUUGUUCUUCAAUAUGGGUCAAUGUUGUUGUGCAGGCUCACGAACGUUUGUUGAAGACAAAAUUUACGAUGAGUUUGUGGAACGUUCAGCAGAGCGUGCAAAGAGUCGAAGCUUUGGUAAUCCUUUUGACUUAAGUACUGAACAAGGUCCACAAAUUGAUUCGGAACAACAGCAGAAAAUUUUGGAUCUUAUCGAGACUGGUAAGAAACAAGGAGCUAAAUUAAUUGCUGGUGGAAAGCGACCUGAAGGAAAAGGAUUCUUCGUUGAACCAACAGUUUUUGCAGAUGUUAAAGACGAUAUGACAAUUGCUAAAGAAGAAAUUUUUGGACCAGUUCAACAAAUCAUUCGGUUUAAGAAAUUGGAUGAAGUAAUUGAACGUGCUAAUAACAGUGAAUACGGCCUCGCUGCUGCUGUUUUCUCGAAAGAUAUCGAUAAAGUCAAUUACAUUGUCCAAGGAUUGAGAGCUGGCACAGUUUGGGUCAACACUUACAAUGUUCUUUCAGCUCAAUCGCCGUUUGGUGGUUACAAAAUGUCAGGACAUGGCCGUGAAAAUGGUGAAUAUGGAUUGCAAAACUACACAGAAGUUAAAAGCGUCAUCACUCGCAUCCCUCAGAAGAAUUCAUAAAAUGAAUUCAACGAUCGACAACCAAAAAGAUAUUUGCCGAAGAUUAAAAGAAGAAAACAAAUGAAUUUAGUAAAACUUUGUAAAACCAAAUAAUAUUUUAUGUCAUGAUUAUUUCUUUCUUCCUUAAACACAAAAGUUUUCAUUUUCAAAAAUAAAGUAAAAAAAUUAUUUACAUCCUACAA